GGCCGCCCAUUCCCAGUGCACGCACGCAGCGUGGGCAAAGCCGUUCCAGCCCGCGCCCUCGGUGGGGACCACCGCUCAGACCUCCGGUGUGGGGUAGGUCUGGGCAGCCCGGAGCCCCUCCCGCCCCGGCUGCACAGUCACCGGGCGGCGGAGCUCCGUGCAUGAGCCCGGGCACCUUGCCCGCGCGAACCUGCCGACAUGGCCGAUCGUGGGGCCGAUGAGCCAUCCUCCAGGACAGGGAGUCCGGAUGGAGAAAGUCAAGUCUCUGAGGACAGAUGUUCGCUCCAUCAGAGGCUGGCCAUCAGGGAGCUCAUUGACACCGAGGCCUCGUACUUGCAUAUGCUCCAGCUCUGUGCCUCGGACAUCAGGAGCCGCCUGCAGCAGCUGCCACAGGGAGAUCUGGAUGUCCUGUUCUCAAACACCGAUGAUAUCAUCAAGGUGAACAGCAGACUUCUUCAGGAUCUGCAGGAGACAGACUCCAGGGAAGAGGAACAAGUGCAGCUAAUUGGUAACUUAUUCCUGGAAUUCCAAGAGGAGUUGGAGCGAGCCUAUCAGGUCUACUGUGCCAAUUACGACCAGGCCUUGCUGCUGGUGGAGUCGUAUCGGCGGGAGCCAGAGCUGCAGCGGCAGAUCCAGAGCAUCAUUGAGGCCGUGGUGCCACAAGCUGGACCCUCAGGCCUCAGUUUCUUACUGGUCAUCCCUCUGCAGAGGAUUACCAAGUACCAACUGCUGCUGCAGAAAAUUCUGGAGAACACACUCCCUGAUGCCAGUGCCUAUCCUGUUCUCCAGAGGGCGACCUCGGCCCUCCAGGCUGUGAACAUCAACAUCAAUGAGUACAAGAGGCGCAAGGAAGUGGCCUCCAAGUACACCAAGGUGGAGCAGCUGACCCUCCGGGAGCGGCUGGCUCGAAUAAACACACACCCCCUCUCCAAGAAAACCACACGGCUGAGCCAGCUGCUAAAGCAGGAGGCGGGGCUCGUGCCCAAGACGGAAGACAAGGAAUUUGAUGACUUAGAAGAGAAGUUCCACUGGGUGUCACUGUGUGUGACUGAGCUGAAGAACAACGUGGCUACUUACCUGCACAAUCUGGAGGCUUUCCUGCGCUUCCGGCCUCAGGAAUAUGACCUGGACAUUCCUGAGGGGCCUGUGGGGCAAUAUUGCAACCUGGCGAGAAACCUGCAGCUCCAGGCCUUCCCCGAGUUUAAGCAGCGGCUGGAAGGCCUGGUGUGGCAGCCACUAUGCAACCUGGCCAAAGCCCUAGCUGGCCCUCAGAACCUGAUCAAGAAGCGUCUGGACAAACUACUGGACUUUGAGCGCCUGGAAGAGAAGCUGCUGGAGGUGGGCAGCGUGACCUAUGAGGAGGAGGAGGCCCGCCAUACAUACCAGGCGCUCAAUUCCCUGCUGGUGGCUGAGCUCCCGCAGUUUAACCAGCUGGCCAGGCAGUGGCUGGGCCAGAUUCUGCACACAUUUGUGGCUCUCCAGAGGGACCUUGCAGAACAAGUGUUACAGAGGGCAGAGGGCAGCUUGGCUCAGCUACCCCACCACCAGCUCUCUGAGCCAGCCUUCAGGAAACUGGUGGAGGAUGUUCUCAGCCAGACCAGUCGCCAGCUUCGCUCCUUUCAAGAGAACUUUGAGAAAGUGCUGCCACCUCCCACUGUACAGCCACUGCUCCCGGGUGCUGAACGCCAGGUGCAGGCUCUCCUGAGCAGGUAUGGCCCAGGAAAGCUGUACCAGGUGACAGGCAACAUCAGCGGGGCUGGAACUCUGGACCUGACAUUGCCACGGGGCCAAAUCGUGGCCCUCCUUCAAAAUCAGGACACCAAAGGCAAUAGAAGCCGCUGGCUGGUGGAUACUGGGGGCCAUCGGGGGUAUGUGCCAGCUGGGAAACUGGAGCUGUACCACGUCAUCCCCAGUGAGGAGAAGCUCAAGGAGCAGGCACGGCCUCGAGAGGACUUCCGACAUCUAACACCAGAGCCCACCUCAGCCCGGGUCCCAUCUGUCCCAACCAGGACCCAGGUGGUCGCAGUGUACCCCUUUGUGGCCAGAAGCAGCCAUGAAGCACAAGGGAGGAAACUGAAAUCCACUUGGAACCAAAUUGGUCUCAUGAGGGGAAAAUACAAAGUGUUCAGCAGCAUAUGGUGUGGUUUCUCACGGACCAGAGAAGGAGGCUGAGUCACCGAAAGGUGAGAAAAUGCACACUGAGAGGGAGAAUGGCCUGAGUUUUCUCCAGGGGACUCUGCGUGAUGUGCCCUUUUCCCCCAAAUGCCUAGAACACAAAUUGCACUGUGUCUUGUUUACUUCACUCUUCUAUGAACUGACAGGAGUGGAAGACUGACUCACAGGGGUGUCCCUUGUUCCCUGCAGCAGAGUGAGACCUCUUUCACCUUUUGGGCCCCAGCCCAGUUUGGGACAGAAAGACAGGAUUACACUAUCAGAGGAAAGACGAGUGGAUUCUUGGUUGUCGUGACGAGCUCUAGCUUGGUGAAUAACUGAUGGGAACUACUGGGAAUAAAGGACUGAGAAGAUGAAAACAUCUCUGGAAUUUGUACAACUCUCACCAUUGGGUAGUCAGGUGCCCCAGUGCCACAU